GGAAACAAGGGUGCAGUCGGCCUCCGGCUAACUAUCUUUAAUUCAUCUAUUUGUUUUGUGAAUUGCCAUCUCGCUGCCGGAGAGACCAGCCUGGAACGGCGCAACCAAGACUAUUCCGAAAUUAUCAGAAAAAUGACAUUUGAGAAGCCCAUCUCGGCUCUGCCUCAACAGGGCUCCAGUGUCUCCAACGUACUUGAGGAUUCCGGACACUGGGGAAUUUUUGACCAUGAGUAA